GCGUGUGUAGUCCGGAGAAAUAAACACCGACAACUGAUCGCAUUGGUGUGAGAUAUAUGUACCACCGUGGUUUGUAUCACCGUUGUUUGUGGAAAUGUCUAGGUAUCACCUCAGCACGGAAAAAGUUGUCAAGCUGAAUGUUGGAGGGACCUUUUAUAGCUCGACCAAGGAAACCUUGACCAAGGUUCACGGAAGCUACAUCUGGCGGAUAUUCACAGGCGAUGCCCCCUGUCCGAGGGAUGAACGAGGAAGUUACUUCAUUGACCGCGAUGGGCCCAUAUUCAGGCACAUUCUAAACUACCUGCGCAGCGACCGACUCUCGGUGCCAUACGGUUUCCGGGAAUUCGACCUUCUCAAGGUCGAGGCCGACUAUUACGGACUUCCGGCUCUCGUGCAAGAAAUCGAGGUCAUACUUGUGUCAUUCAAGCGGAAACGUCGACGCCGACCGAACUCGAACCGAAAGAAAACCAGUCAGAGCGUAAACGAGUUACACCGCGUACACGAGCGCGACGGCGACUUGUAUAUUUCUGACGAAGAUUCGGAUUGGUUUUACGAUUAAAGAGGUCUCCCUUUUGGGGGAACGUGUUUAUGUGUGAACAAAAUCCUAUUGAUAAUACCAACAUAAUGGUUACUCGAUACAAAGUAACUACACUAUUGAAGCGCUUUUUAGCUGAAGGAAGUUGUGUUAAUGUGCGAAGAACAGUCAAAUGUAAUGAUUACUCCAAACCAAGUAACUACCAUAUAGGCGAAAGUACUGCUGUAUGAUUUUUCUCACUGAUUCCUCGAUAAAGAAUUUUUCAUGCUCUAUUUGGAGUACUGGCGUAAUCGGAUUUCUGUUGAUUUGAAACGGUGCUUGGUGAAGUCUUUCCGCCAUGUACUUCCAGCAUUGAAAUGUAAUUACUUCAAUAAUAGGUGCAUUCUGGUGGAUAUAUAAAAAGGGCAGAUAUUGUUAUCUCGCCAUGUGAAUCAACACAGGAUUUUAUAAUAAAGAGUUUUGAUGUUCACAUGUGAACGUUUUGCAUACUGCUAUUAGUAUUCAUGUUUGUUUUGUCUCAAUCGGUCAGGGUAAACAACCGGAACAAAAAACUACAACAACAACAAAAGAAUCAUACAUAUGUAUGGAAGCAAUAUGUACAUGGUCAUCGUCAGCUUGCUUGCACGUUGCUUCGUGUAAAAGGAAGAGUGUGUAAAAUUGUAAAAUGGGCAAUCAAUGUUCAUAACAAAGUAACGCCUUCGGUAUUGCAACAGAUUUUCUUGUUCGACGUACAUUCAUGUACAUUGUGAUCACUGAUCAAUGGAAAAUGCAACCCAUGCGUAUGAGUGUUUGAUCAGUAAGGAUUAUAGAUACCCAUAGGACUACAGCAGACGGCAGGCAAUUUAUGUACACGAAAGUGAGUCACACAAAUGCAACAGCUGGAAAAUGUCCCUGUUGCGUUAUGCAGACGCUUUAAUUGGCUUGCAAUUAACUAAACAUCUUGCACACAUACAUAUGUGCCCUGCUCUGUGAAAAAGGGGUUUAAUGCAUGUGCGUACGGUGCCGUCCCAAAUUAGCCUUUGCAGUCUGCACAGGCUAAUCAGGGACGACACAUUCCGCUUUUAUGAUAUUUUCGUUUUAAGAAAGUCUCUUCUUAGCGAAAAUUAAGUUUAGGCGGAAAGUGUCGUCCCUGAUUAGCCUGUGCGGACUGCACAGGCUAAUCUGGAACGACACUUUACGCACAUGCAUUAAACCCCCUUUUCACAGAGCGGAGCUCAUAUCUUAUUAUUACUCAAGCAUGAUCAAUAAAGAACUAAACUCGUGUGAGGGUUUGCAAUGCCUGUUUAUUUCAGGUCACUACAAGGGCCGGUAUUCACGAAGUAAGGGAAAUCUUAACUUUAAGUUGUAGUUUAUAAAACUUCACAUCCAACUAACAAAUAAGUUUUUCUCUGCUUACAAAAGGCGAAAAAAAGUAAUAUUUACUUGCUUUUUACGUUUUAAUGUCAACAUACGUCAAUACACAUACUAGCAUAAGCCAUUCGGAAUUUUAUUAAUUUAAGAGAUUUUCUUAGGUCGUGACUAAUGAGCUCGUGAAUACGGGGGCUGUUUUGUAUUUAGUUUUAUUGACUGACGGAUUGUUUUUAUCGAGCACAAUGUGAUAUAUAUUGGUAAGAAUAUGGUUGUUCUGGCAAUUUCAUUUCGAGUUUGAACAACGUUAAACUGGUGACAUCCUGAUUCAGCAUCGACGUCACGAUUUGGUAUACGAUUAAACAAACGUAAAGUGUUUGUAUGUUUUGUGCAUUUAUAAAUCAAUGCUAUUGAUUGAUCAGUGUGCACAUUUGAUAACUUAU